AGUGGCGAAAGGCGGCCGGCGCUCCUCCCGGCCGCCAGGGGCCGCUGCGUCCUCCCAAGCCAGGGCAGCGGGAGCACCGCUCCGCUUCCGGCGGCGCUCCGGCCGCCUUUCCGCUUCCGCUGUCUCUCCGUCCGUGUGUGGUGGUGAUGGCUGCCGCUGCGUCCCUGUCUCCGGAGGAGCUGCUGCCCAGGGGCGGCUCGGGGGGCGCCGAGGAGCUGGAGGACGAGCUGGAGGAGGACGACGACGAGGAGCUGGACGAGACGCUGGCGGAGCGGCUGUGGGGGCUGACCGAGAUGUUCCCCGAGAGCGUCCGCUCGGCGGCCGGAGCCACCUUCGAGCUGUCGCUGACGGUAGCGCAGAAGAUGUACAGAUUCUCCAGGGCAGCUCUGUGGAUUGGGACCACCUCCUUCAUGAUUCUGGUUCUUCCUGUUGUCUUUGAAACCGAAAAACUGCAAAUGGAGCAACAGCAGCAGCUGCAGCAGCGACAGAUCCUCCUUGGACCCAACACGGGGCUCUCGGGGGGAAUGCCAGGGGCCCUGCCGCCGCUCUCUGGGAAAAUCUAACUUGUAGAAGCUGCGUUGGAUUUGUAUCAUGUGGGAAGACCUUGAGAUUAUGAUAUCGAACUGUUGAUUUGUUGGGUCAGGGCAUUUUUUUUCUGGUUUGUUUGUUUUUGGUUUCGGUUCUCCUUUGGGACAUUGACCUGUUCAUAACUUGGGGGGAAAGCCCCCGCUCUGGACCUGAUGACAGCUCCUGUCUGCAUCCUCCCCCUGUAGAAGCUGUGAGUCUUUCCUUUUAUUUGCUCAGCACACCAUAACCAGUUACAAACUCAAACUGGGGGGAGAUCCUCUCCUGGACUCCUUGCCCCCCACAAAACCACCCUGGGGCACAGGUCAGGCUUUGAAUGGCGAUAGUCAAACAAACCCAAUCCUUCCUGGCUGAUUGGGGACCCGAGGACACCGGUGACAGGAGCUGCUUUCCCAGCAGGCGAAGUGGAGGAAGGGGGGGUGCAGGGAGCUGCACCCCACCAAAAACACUCUCCAGGAAGACACAUCUGCAAAAAUACUGUCACAGCAUCUUUGUGUGCAUGUGAGCACCGAGGGAGCAGCGGGCCAGGUGCAAGACGAUCACAUCCAUGCUGAUCCUCAUAAAGUAGAAAUUCAGAUAUCAGCUGCAUAUUUUUUUGUAUUGAAUAUUAAAUAAAUCCAACCUGAGCAGUGUGGUUUUAAUAGACGUGCUUUAGGGAGGCUCAGUUCUUUUUCUUCGCAGGCAAGAGACCUUUUGGUUUCCUGCAUGGUCUGGCAGUUGGGGGAAAGGGAAGGACAAGCAACAUUCAAGGUUCUUGACUCACAGAAAGGUUGCACUUUUAUAACCAAAGAAAAAAAUUUAUUUUUCCUUUACAUUGUUACAGAACAAUUCAGUUGAACAUACAGAAGUGAUAGGACAUUUAUAUGGAAACUUUUUUUUUAUUCUAUUUUUAAUAUUUGGUUAAACAAAAUACAUCUCUGUAAACAAACCCAAGACAAGGCUCUAACAAAACCAAACAAGCAAGAAAACAAACACAGGCUUUCCCACUCCCAAGCGGUGGGACUGGACCGGCUCGCCCACCCUCUUGGGCCCAACAGCCUCACCUCCCGUGGGGGUGUGAGCACACACCUUCCUUUUACCUGAGCAGCUGGAUCACACUGUUCCCCCCCACAGGAAAGGUGCUGACAUACAAGGAAAGUAGCCCCAAAAUAUUUUAAAACAUCUUUGCAUAUUGUGCACUGAUCCAUUGGCUUGCAGUUUCCAUGCAAACAGGGUUUCUCCAAAGUGCGACUUUUAAUCAGCAUAGAAAACAUUGCUGUUGAGAUUUAUUUCCCCCCCCCCCUCUUGAAGAAAUGGCUUCAAGUCACGAGCAGGAUGCCUGCAGGCUGCACAUCCUGCCUGUAAAGUGUUUAAAAACUCUGCCAGCUGGUAUUGGUCAGUGGAAUGUGUUAUGAAAUAGGACCUUUUUAUAGAAAGGUUGGGUCUUUAAAAUGUUAAGAGCCAUUUGCCCUUGACUGCGGGAGGCUGUGCUCAAAGGACUGCAAAAUAAUGCUGGCCAGAUGCCCGGGGGUCAGCGAACAUUGUCCACAUGCUGCCCCAUGGCCUCUGUUCUGAAGGUGCAAGCAUGGGGGUGUCUCAGCUUCGGGCACGCACUCGUGCUUUGUGGAGCUCUCAAGAAAAAACGACUGAGAAAAGGUAGUUAUAACCCCUCUCUUUGCAAGCUCGCACACCAGAAAUGAGACCUGCCUGCGUGAUGGAGCAGCACCCUUCAAGCUCCAUCGCAUCCCAGAGAUCACUGUUUAACUGAGACAUCCCAUGCAUCGAGGGUGGAAGCAAAUGGCAGGAAGAGUUAAACGCAACAAAGUCUGUCCCAAAUUCAGCAUUUCCCCCUCCUACUGCGGAAGGCGUGACCAAGCUACAGCUCGUCCAGGUGACUGGGGAACAGCCGGUGGAGACUCCUCUUAGCAUCUCCAUAUCUAGUCACCCUUCCCCAUGGAAGGAAGAAGCAAUUAGUCUACUAACGGAAUGUUUGUCGGCCACCACUAAAGAGAGGUUGGUUCAGCUACCAGGCCAGGGUCUCUUAACACUCAAAGGUUCUGGUGGACCCCCUGCAUCUCCCACAUUAUCAGCCACCAACUAUAAAAAGGGCAAAACCUGACUAUUAUAAAGGUUUCCCACCUCAGCCGAUUUUUGCUUUGUAACUUUACUUCUUUCUGGGAUAUUUUGCAUGACAUUCCUGACUGGGCUGGACCUCUGGAAAGAGGAAAAUAAAAGCAAAUUAAUUCCUCUCAAAA